GGGCUCACUGGAUGCAGCUCUAGCUGUGGGCCGGGGGCUGAGCUACCUAGCCCGGGCUGCUCCGCCGAAACAUCCAUGGGUGGCUGUGUGGGGAGCCACCACGACUCUUCGGGCAGCUUGAACGAGAACUCGGACGGUACCGGAGUGGCGCUAGGGCGUAACCAGCCCCUGAAGAGAGAGCGGCCUAAAUGGAAAAGUGACUACCCGAUGACUGAAGGCCAGCUGCGCAGCAAGAGAGAUGAGUUCUGGGAUACUGCGCCAGCGUUCGAGGGCCGGAAGGAGAUCUGGGAUGCGCUGCGGGCCGCGGCCAGCGCCUUUGAGAGCAAUGACCACCUGCUGGCUCAGGCCAUCCUCGACGGGGCCAGCAUCACACUGCCACACGGAGCUCUGACUGAAUGUUACGAUGAACUGGGGAAUCGGUACCAGUUGCCGGUCUACUGUCUCUGCCCCCCCGUCAACAUGAUCGAAGAGCGCUCGGAUGAGCCCGACGGUUCAGACCCAGACUCUGCGGCCGCAGACCCGUCCACGGGCAGCGCCAGUGACCCCGGCUCAGGAGGGGAGUGCCAGCUGCGGCUGCGGCUUUCGACGGGUCGCGACCUCCGGCUGGCGGUGCGCUCCACGGACACUGUGGGCAUGAUGAAGCGACGUCUACAGAGUCACGAGGGCGUGCCGGCCGCAACCCAGCGUUGGUUUUUCUCAGGUCGGCCACUGACGGACAGACUUCGCUUGGACCAACUCAACAUCUCCAGGGACUACGUAGUGCAGGUCAUCCUCAGUCAGCCGCCACCGCCAGAGCCAGUAACUCCAGCAGGACAUGUACAAGAGGCCUGUGGGCCAGAGGCAGUGGAAGGAGUGGCUGCUCUGCCACAAGAGCCCACAGCAGUGGAGAAUUAAUUCCACCCAACCUGGCAACCUAGAGGUGGGCAUACAGGCUGGCAGUAUCAAAGGAGAAGGAAAACAAGGGAGGAAAGAAAGUUGACUUGUGUCUUUUGGUUUGCACUCUUCUCUUGCCUUCUCUUCUUCUCCUUCUCCUUCUCCUUCUCCUCCUUCAUCCUCUUCUUCUCCUUCCUCUUCUCUGUUUGGUCAGAGGUUGGCUGUCUAUCAGGGCAAAAGGACUCUUGUAUUGAGAAAAAGACUCUUCCUUUUGGUUUUACAUAUUGAAAUGUUGACCUUUUUGGAGUCUUUUUAACUGUUCCUAUGGAAACCAAACAACAAAACAGAGAACGUUGUCAGAUGGCUUAAAGGGUUUUCUUAGCAAUGCUGAUGUCAAAUUGUUGCUGUGUUUUCAGUUUAAAUUCGAGUGCUGGAUUCAGCGGAAUUCUGUUUAUGUGUCUACAUGGUUCUGCACACAUCUUCAUUACAGACACUUUUGACCUACACACUUCAGAGAGAAAGGAAUAAAGAUACUUUAACAAUCAGUUAUUCAGGUAAAUACUCAGUUGGUUAUACGUGAAUCAAGUCAAGAGCAUGUCAUCUCCUUGGGGAUUGAGUCAGUAUGCUAACAGUUGUAAAGAAAAGUAUUCUAUUGUUAUUUCUAGUUAGCAAACAGAUGUUUCCUCCCUCCUCUGACAUGAGGUCGGAACUGGAUGUUUUUACCGAGCUGCCGCUGGAUUAGAGACUUUAUUUCCCUCUGCUUUACAGAACAAUCAGUGUAAUCAUGUAUUAAACAUUAUGUAGUCAGCCCAUGUGUGUGCGGAGUGCGAAAGAGUGUGUGUGUGUGUGUGUGUGUGUGUGUGUGUGUGUGUGUGUGUGUGUGUGUGUGUGUGUGUGUGUGUGUGUGUGUGUGUGUGUGUGUGUGUGUGUGUGUGUGUGUGUGUGUGUGUGUGUGUGUGUGUGUGUCUUUGUGUGUGUGUGUGUGUGUGUCUUUGUGUGAGUGUGUGUGGAUGUUCACAUAUGGCCAAGACACAACCACACUUAGUCACGUGGCAACAGGAUGGACAUCAGAAACACGGUUACAUAUUUUGAUUAAAAAUAGACUGUUUUUAAUUAAAAUUGAUCAUUGUUUCUA